CUAAGACAGUAAAGCACCAUCACCACCAAGUCACAUGUUCACCAGAAGUAAUCUAGUGGGUACUCCACGAAGAGAUGGACAUGCAGUAAACGAUAUGCGUGAUUUCACUCCCAUUGGCGUUAAGUCUACUCGAUACGAACCCAUAGUGGAGAGAUCUCAUCAACUGAAUAAUACUGGUCGAUCACUAUUUCAACCUAUCCCCGACAUGUCAAGAGAUAUGGAUGAAAUAUUCGGUGAUACUACCGGUGAGUUUACUAUAGAGUCAAUCCAUUCGAUGGGUCAAUCAGCAAAUAGAGAUCGUCCAACUGCUGUGACUAACAACCACAACCACAAUCACAAUAAUAAUCACUUCACUAAGAAUUUAAUUAAUAAUGGCUCAGCACCUGUAAGAGAACAGGAUGAACGAAUUCGAGAUUUAAAUUCAGAAAACUAUAUGCUCCGAUUGAAAGUGAUAGAUUUACAGAAAUUUCUUAGUGGAACUCCUGAAGAUCAGAAACAAGUAUUAGAAGAAAACUUCCGAUUAAGAGAACAAGUAGCUACUAUGGUAAGACAAUUAGAUGAUAUAAAAUCUCAUUCAACACACUCACAAACUGAUGACCAACAGAUCAGACAAUUCCAACAACAAUUACAUGAUAAGGAAUCCAUAAUUACUGAUUUAGAAUCAAGACUCAGAGAUAUGAAUCAACGAAUUCAACAAACUGAUAAAUCACAAUCACACCAGACUGAAUUAAUUAAGAAAUAUGAAGCUCUACAAGAUGAAAAUAGACAUAUAAUGAAACAAAUGGAUAAUUUGAAUCAUCAACAUGAAACUGUGAUAUCAGAAAGAAAUAAUCUUAAUGAUAAAGUAAAGGAUAUGUCACAUUUACUUAAUAUAAAUGAAGGGAAAUCUAAACAAAUUGAUAAUUCAAUUCAGAAUUAUAUUGAAAGAAUAGAAUCAUUACAAUCUCAAUGUGAUCAAUUGGCCCAAGCCAAAUCAGAUGCUCAAAAGGAAAUUGAACAUUGGAAACAACAAUUAAAUCAUUCAAAAUCAGAUUAUGAUGGUCAACGAGAUGUGAUAGUGAGUGAUUUUAAUAAAUUAAAAGUUCAAUAUAAUCAUUUAAAUGAUAAUUUACAACAAGUUAAACAAUUGAAUGAACAAUUGACUGAUAAAUUAAGUAUAAGAGAUUGUGAAUUACAUGAUAGAACCAAUGAAUUACGUGAUAGAACUAAUGAAUUAAAUGAUAUAAAGAAAACUUAUGAUGAACUCAAAUUCACCAUAUCAACCCUUCAACAACAAGAAUCUACUAGUAGAAAUCAAAUAACUCGAUAUGAACUGGAAAUUGAAUCAUUAAGAUCACAACUUCGAAAUUCAGAUUCAACUAAUAAAGAUUUACAUCAAUUACAAAUUCAAAUUAUUGAAUUAAAGGAAAAGCUUAAAUUCUAUGAAGUUGAAUAUGAAAAUUUAAAGGAUAAACAUUCAGUAUCAACAACCAAAUCCACUAGAUUAGAAAGAGAAAUAGAUAAUUUACAAGAUGAAAUAAGUCGACUUAAGAAUGAAAAGAUUCAAUUAGGUGAUAGAAUUGAGAUUGUAGAAGGUAAUAAAUCAUCAGUUAAUAAGACAAUUAAUCAAUUAAAGCGUGAACGAGAUGAUUUACAACAUACUAAUGAUAUAUUAACUAAUGAUUUAAAAUCAAAGAAUCAUGAAUUGGAUUAUUUACGAAAAGUUCAUACUUCUGCCACUGAAAAUGAUACAACUCAACGAGAAAUUGAACAACAUCUUGAAGCCUUACUUACCGAUAAUUCUGAUUUAAAAGGUUUAGUAGAUAAUUAUUCUGAUAAAGUAAGAGAAUUAACUUAUCAACUUAAAGAGAUUGAAAUUGAAUUAGAUACUAAAUCCAAGAACUAUGAAAUCUUAGAGUAUCAAGCUAAAAGACUUGAAGAAGUAUUAGCAUCAUUAGAUCGAGAUAAUAAAUUCAAUGGUGGAGAUAACUUCAAUUCCAAUUCCAAUUCCAAUUCCAAUUCCAAUUCCAAUGCUAAUGCUAAUGCUAAUUCCAAUGCUAAUGCUAAUUUCCAUGAAUUGACUGAUUAUUUGAAAUCGAAAACGAAUUUAGACGAAUCAAGAAUUCAACAAUUAGAACAAGAAAUUAGAACUUUAAGAAAAGAUAAUGAACUAGAACUUACUAGAUAUAAAGAUAAGAUAUCUUCACUUGAGACACAAAUUGAUUUACAAAAGGAUAUAAUACGAACCAAGGAAACUAUCACCAAGACUGUACUGGUUGAUCAACCAUCUCCAGUCCAAGCAUUAUUAGAAUUACAAUUAAAGGAAGCAUCUAAAUCUACCUUUAAACUUGAAACUGAAUUAAAACAAUCACUUUCAAAAUGUUCUACAUUAGAAUCCCAAAUUGAAAGACUUGAACGUGAUAAUGGUAAUUUAUUAAAACUGAUAAAUAAUUAUGAAAUUAAUGAAUCAUCAUUUAAAUCUCAACAAAUCUCCCGAGAUUCAGAAAUUAUGAAUUUAAAGGAAGAAUUAUUAAAGACCAAGAAUCAUUGUAAAAGAUUAGCCAAUAAAGUUGAAGAACUUCUUCAAGAUAAUAUUCUUAAUGAGAAAUUAUCCCGAAUAAGAAUUCAAAAUGAUAAUGAAUUAAAUAAAUCAAAAGCUACUAAUCAAUAUUUACAAAAACAAAUUCAAACCUUAAAGAAAAUUGGAGAAUCCGAUAAACUUAUAUUACUUGAAAAUGAAUUAACUUAUUAUAAGGCUAAAUUAUAUGAUAUGAAUUUAAAGGCUAAUGAUCUUCAAAUCAUGUAUUUAUUUGCUCUUAAUUCAAUUAAGAAUACUGAUAAAGCAUUAAAGGAUGAUUUAUAUAGUUUAUCUAAAGUAGGGAUUUAUCCUGAUUAUCCCCUUAUGAAAGUUGAAAGAUUAAAACGAGGUAAACCAUUAACUUUUAAACAAGUGGCACUCUUUGUAUUAGCUGCAAUUCGAAUUAAAAGACGAACUGAUAAGUCUCGAAAGAGGAAAGCUAAAUUAGAAGAAUUAAAGGAUGAAAUUGAUUAUGUCAAAAUCAAAACCAUCCCAUAAAAUCUUUUCAUAUCUUUUCAUAUCUUCUCAUAUGUGUACUAUAUGUAAAUUUACA